GUCUAGAGGAGCCCAGUGGGCAGCAAGGCAGUCAUGGGGCUGGAUGCACUGGUGCCCCUGGCCAUGACAGUAGCCAUCUUCCUGCUCCUGGUGGACCUGAUGUACCGGCGCCAACGCUGGGCUGCACGCUACCCACCAGGUCCCCUGCCACUCCCUGGGCUGGGCAACCUGCUGCAUGUGGACUUCAAGAACACACCAUACUGCUUCGACCAGCUGCGGCGCCGCUUCGGGGACGUGUUCAGCCUGCAGCUGGUCUGGACGCUGGUGGUCGUGCUCAAUGGGCUGGCGGCUGUGCGCGAGGCACUGGUGACCUGCCGCGAGGACAGCGACCGCCCGCCUUUGCCCAUCUACCAGGUCCUGGGCAUCGGGCCGCGCUCCCAAGGGGUGUUCCUGGCGCACUACGGGCCCGCGUGGCGCGAGCAGAGGCGCUUCUCCGUGUCUACCUUGCGCAACUUGGGCCUGGGCAAGAAGUCGCUGGAGCAGUGGGUGACCGAGGAGGCCGCCUGCCUCUGUGCCGCCUUCGCCGACCAAGCCGGAUGCCCCUUUCGCCCCAAUGGCCUCCUGGACAAAGCGGCGAGCAACGUAAUUGCCUCCCUUACCUGCGGGUGCCGCUUUGAGUACGACGACCCUCGCUUUCUCAGGCUGCUGGACCUAGCGCAGGAGGGAUUGAAGGACGAGUCCAGCUUCCUGCACCAGGUGCAGAGCGAGGGACCGCAGGUCCCCCUCCUCCUGCGCAUCCCAGCGCUGGCUGGCAAGGUCCUACCCUCCCAAAAGGCUUUCCUGACCCAGCUAGAUGAGCUGCUGACCGAGCACAGGAUGACCUGGGACCCAGCCCAGCCACCCCGAGACCUGACUGACGCCUUCCUGGCAGAGAUGGAGAAGGCCAAGAAGAACCCCGAGAGCAGCUUCAAUGAAGAGAACCUGCGCCUUGUGGUGGCUGACCUGUUCUCUGCUGGGAUGGUGACCACCUCGACCACGCUGGCCUGGGGCCUCCUGCUCAUGGUCCUGCACCCGGAUGUGCAGCGCCGUGUCCAACAGGAGAUCGACGACGUGAUAGGGCAGGUGCGGCGACCAGAGAUGGGUGACCAGGCUCACAUGCCCUACACCACUGCCGUGAUUCACGAGGUGCAGCGCUUUGGGGACAUUGUUCCCCUGAAUGUGCCCCACAUGACAUCCCGUGACAUCGAAGUGCAGGGCUUCCUCAUCCCUAAGGGGACGACGCUCUUCACCAACCUGUCAUCGGUGCUGAAGGAUGAGGCCGUCUGGGAGAAGCCCUUCCGCUUCCACCCCGAACACUUCCUGGAUGCCCAGGGCCACUUUGUGAAGCCAGAGGCCUUCCUGCCUUUCUCAGCAGGCCGCCGUGCAUGCCUCGGGGAGCCCCUGGCCCACAUGGAGCUCUUCCUCUUCUUCACCUGCCUGAUGCAGCGCUUCAGCUUCUCGGUGCCCACCGGACAGCCCAGGCCCAGCCACUCUCAUGUUGUUGGCUUUCUGGUGACCCCUUCCCCCUACGAGCUUUGUGCUGUGCCCCGCUAGAGUUGGGCAUCAAGCCCCCAACUUGCUCCUCAGCUGGGACCCUGUUGUACCGAAAAUGAAUCUAGUGGCUCCCACUUGGUUUCUGAAUCCAGUCUGGGCCCCUGCCAAGGUCCUGGUUGUGUUGAGUCACCUGCCUGAUAUCAGCGCUUACCCCUCACUCGUCACCUCAUUCUUUUUUUUUUUUUUUUGAGAUGGAGUCUACUCUGUCAACCAGGCUGGAGUGCAGUAGUGCAAUCUCAG